GAACAUGGCUUAGUUGCCUAUGAUGACGACGAUGCCAAUAUGUCUGGACCUGAGUUAGCCCCUAGUCCGGAUCGACGUACGAAAGAUGAUGUUUCAAUUAAGUCCACUACAACAUCGUCUUCUUUGAUUGUAUGUACCUCUGGUAUCCUAUCAGAGGAACGUCGUGCCCAGCUCCGCGAAAUUGAAGUCAAGGUGAUGAAAUAUCAGGAUGAUCUUGAGGCUGGCCGUAAGGCUACUACUAAUGAUAUUAACCAUUCUGAAUCGGUCGCAAAAAUACAGUACUACAUUCUGACCAUAUUUCGAUAA